AUGUCGGAGGACAAAUGCACUGCGGCCAUCGAGGCCGGCAGCCUCCUGACUGCAGAUUCCCUUCUUGCCUGGAUACCACGCCACUUGAUCGAGGCCCGCGGCCUGGCCGACGACGGCGUCCCCGGCCUGUCCUCCUCGCCACCCUACCUGCCGGUGAGCUUCCAGCUGCUCGGGGCCGAGGCCGCCUUCUUCCUGGCCGAGAGCGGCCCCGCCGCGCCCCGCAACGCCAGCCUGCGGUCCCGGGCGCAGGCCUUCUUCCUGCACCGCGCGCGGCAGCCGCCCGAGCUGCAGGCCAGCCUCGGGCCCUUCUCGGCCGCCAAGGCCGUGCCGCUGGACCGGGCCGGCGAGCUCCCCUGGGGCCGGCAGCUGCGGGCACGCGUGCUGCGGGACUCGGCGGCGCCGGGCCGGCCCCGCGUGCAGGUGCUCUUCCACGUGGCGGGCGGCGCCUGGGCGGACGGCCGCGCCGCGCGGGCGCCGCUGCCCUGCCUGCGCCUCUCCGCCUUCCGCGACGCGCGCGAGGUGCGCGGCGGCUGCCGGCCCGGCGGGCCGCUGGCGCUGUGCGUGGCCGAGCUGGAGCUGCCGCCCGGCUGGUUCGCCGCGGGCCCCCCGGGCGCGGGCGGGCGCGGUCGGCCGGCGGAGCCGCGGGACGGGGCCCGCGUGGAGCUCUACUACGCCGCGCAGCCCGGGGACGCGCGCGGGGCCUGCGCGGGGCCCGACGCCAGCCAGGCCAACGCCAUCCGCCCUGGCAAGGACGCGCCCGGGCCCGGGGACGCCGCCGGCCGCCUGCGCAGGAUCGGCGCCGUGCGCCUGCUCCGCGCGCCCGACGGCGCCGCGCCGCGCGAGCUCCGCCUGGACCGCGACGUGGCCGUGCGGCUGCCCGCCGGCCCGGCCCGGCCCGGGGACGUGGUCACCGCCUCGGUCGCCGUCGCCGCCAACUCCACCGUGGACCUCUUCGUCCUCAGAGCCAAGGUAAAGAAGGGGAUCAACAUCCUGGGCGUGCGGCCCCGCGAGCCGCGGCAGUGGGCUGUGCAGCAGGAGAUGGGCAACGGCGGGAAGCACGCCACCACCUCGGUGGCCUGCCAGCGCCUCGGCCCUGGGGCCGGCAACAGGAGCAGCGGUGUCUUCAGUGAGGUCAUGCAGAUGGAUUUUGAAAUCGCGGGUGCCGGCGGCCUGGCAGGCGCGCAGCCCAUCACGUGGCAGGUGGAGUACCCGCGGAGGGGGACCACGGACAUCGCGGCCUCCGAGAUCUUCGUCAGCCAGAGGGACCUGGUGGGCAUCGUCCCGCUAGCUAUGGACACAGAACUCCUGAACACGGCCAUCCUCACGGGGAAGACGGUGGCCGUGCCGGUCCGGGUGGUGUCUGUGGAGGAGAACAGCACUGUGAGGGACGUCUCGGAGCAGGUGGAGUGCAAGUCCGCCGACGAAGACGUCAUCAAGGUGUCCGACCACUGUAACUAUGUCUUUGUCAAUGGCAAAGAGAUGAAAGGCAAGGUGGACGCCGUGGUGAACUUCACCUACCAGCACCUGAGCGCGCCCCUGCACGUCACGGUGUGGGUGCCCCGGCUGCCGCUGCAGAUCGAAGUCUCCGACACCGAGCUCAGCCAGAUCAAGGGCUGGCGGGUCCCCAUCGUCACCAGCAAGAGGCCCACUCGGGACAGCGAGGAGGAGGAGGAGGCAGAGGAGGAGGAGCAGCGGGGUCGAGGCUGCACUCUGCAGUUCCAGCACGCCACCGUGAGGGUCCUCACCCAGUUUGUGUCGGAGGGCGCCGGGCCCUGGGGCCCGCUGAGCUACCUGCUCAGCCCCGACUGGCAGCUGGACAUCACACACCUGGUGGCCGACUCCCUGAAGCUAGAGGCUCCGCACGUGGCCACGCUGCGGGACGGCCGGGUGCUGGUGGGGCGGGAGGUCGGCAUGACAACCAUCCAGGUCCUGUCCCCGCUGUCCGACUCCAUCUUGGCGGAGAAGACGGUAACCGUACUGGACGACAAGGUGUCGGUGACGGAGCUGGCUGUGCAGCUGGUGGCCGGGCUGUCCGUCACCCUGCGCCCCAGCGCAGACCGGAGCCAGGCGGUCACCGCCGUGGCCACGGCCGAGGAGCUGCUGCGCUCCCCGAAGCAGGAGGCCGUGGUCAGCACGUGGCUGCGGUUCAGUGACGGCUCUGUGACCCCCCUGGACAUCUAUGACGCCAGGGACUUCUCGCUGGCCGCCACCUCCCUGGACGAGGCCGUGGUGUCGGCCGCGCGGCCCCGCGCCCCGGGCCGGCCCUCGGUGCUGGCCGAGGGGGAGGGCCAGGGCCCCCUGCUGCGCCUGGACCUAAGCAUCGCCGAGGCCUGCCAGAAGUCCAAGCGCAGGAGCGCGCUGGCCGCGGGCGUCGGCCACGUCGCCGUCAAGUUCGGACAGCACGACGCCGACGCGGGGCCGCGCGGCCAGCCCGAGGACGGGGCCCUGGAGAACCACGCCAGUGACCGCCGGCCCAAGGGGCCGGACCCUGAGCGCCCGGGCCCGGACGGACGCCCGCAGGACGGCGUCCCCGCGGAGCGGGACGAGGGGGCGCCGCGGGGGGCCCGCGCCACGGCCAGGCCGGCGCCCGACAGCAAGGUGGGCAGGAGCGGACGGACGGACGGGGGGCGGCCGUCGGGGGAGGCCCAGCUCCACCACAUCCCCAUCGACUUCACCAACUUCCCGGCCCUGGUGGGCCUGCCCAAGGCGGGCGGCGGGCUGCAGCAGAGCAACCCCGGGCCCGGCGCCCGGGGCCCCAGCGACCUGGAGAUCGGCAUGUACGCGCUGCUGGGCGUCUUCUGCCUGGCCAUCCUGGUGUUCCUCAUCAACUGCGCCACCUUCGCGCUCAAGUACAGGCACAAGCAGGCGCCCCUGGAGGGCCGGGCGUCCGUGACACACGCGCACGACUGGGUGUGGCUGGGCACGGAGGCCGAGCUCCUGGAGAGCGUGGGCGCUGGGCCGCCCCGCCCGGACGAGUGCACCACCGCCGUGGACCGAGGGCUGGGCGGCUGGGAGGAGAGGGACCGCCUGCUUCUCAACGGGGGCACCCAGGUGUCCGCACAGGCCCAGCGGCCCAGCGGCCCCGGGGGGACGCCGGCCAAGGAGGCCAGGCCCGAGCCGCUGCACUCGCCCACCGCCAAGCGGAAGAAGGUGAAGUUCGCCACCUUCUCCACCACCCCACCCGAGGACGGCUGCUCCCCAGCGAACCCCAUCCUCGGGGGCAGCGAGGACAUCAAGUGGGUGUGCCCAGACCUGGCCGCGGCUGCGCCCAAGGAGCUCAGAAACUACCUGGGGAAAUAACGCCCAGGACCACCUGGUCCUCCCAGGGAGGACGAGGCUGUGAGCCGGGCAGAGGGAGCGGCCCUGGGGCUGGGCAGGGCAGGGCGGAGCCGCAGCCCCAGCAGCAGCAGCAGCAGCAGCAGCGCUGGAAGGGUGGAGGCCGGGCAGGGACACUUUUGCACCGAGGGCCGUCCUUUUUUAGCAGUAGAUGAAGGUGGAGUUUUGGAAUUCAGGUUCCCUGGUGCCAGGCAGAGGAGCUGGGUGCUCGGAACCGAAGCACACAGAUACAGGAAGCUUAUUUUAUCGGUCGGAAUACAACACGGACAAACUACCAAAAAUUAUUUGUUAAAAAAAGCAAAAAGACAAAUAAAAACAGACAAACGA